AUGCUUCUGAUUUUGGGGACCAUUUGCCUAAAGGAUGGAAACUUCUCUGCUGAGCUUGAAGAGGAAAGAAGGACGAGUGUGGGUGUAUUGCCGCCGAUAUAUCAGCCCAAGUGGACAUCAUUCUUGUCUACGAAAGAAGUUUCUUCGUAUUUGCAUUCAGUUUUUGGAACUCAAGAUACUCAGCCAAAUCCUUAUUCUAGUGUUGAGACCGGUGUGGGAAAAAACUUGGCAACUGGAAGGAUUGCAAAUCUUCUACACAAGGAUGUAGAGACUAAGGAAGAUUUCACUCGCCAUCAAGCAUCAAUUCAGGCACCUAUAUUUACUGAACAAGAGAACACAGCAACCCCAUUUCGGGAUGAAAGCUUACCAUUGGUUGAAGCGAAUGAUUAUUUAGUUUGUCACAAAUGCAACACAAGUUAUGCUGAUAAGGAUGCAUAUCUGCAGCACCUGUUGACUUCACAUCAGAGUAAAAACAAGUCCAGACUCUGCACAUCUAUUUCUGAUGGAGUGAUAAUUAAGGAUGGAAAAUAUGAAUGUCAAUUCUGCCACAAAAUUUUCCUGGAGAAACAUCGUUACAAUGGGCAUGUCGGUAACAUGGAUUCUAUACCUCAGGCUUUUGGGGAUCCUAAAGAAGAGAUGAAUGGCGAAGCUCCUCGUAGCAUUCUUGUUGUGGAAUCUGUUACAGAAGCUCUGAAUGCCAAAAACUCACUGUGA